AUGUACAGUUCUACCAUCGUCAUUCAUGGGAUGUGCAAGGCUUCUAUGGUGGAGGAAGCAUAUGCUUUGUUCUGUACCCUCGGCUCCAACGGAAUCCAGCUUGGUUUUCAAAGUGCAAUGGGAUACUAUGAGGAGAUAAGCUACUUGGCUGAUAGAAUGAAGGCUUUCACAUGUUCAGAUGCAAGCACAUAUAGAUCGAUGUUGAAAUAUUUUGUUAAUGCCAUGAGGACGAGUACUCCUAUAAGGCGAGCGAAAGACGGGCGGACUCCGGAAGAGAGCAGUAAUGAUGAGAUGAGUCGGGGAUACUUUGCUGAUAUGAAAGAAUUCAACGAACAUGGCGGCAAGAUUAUUAAUUAG